AUGACUGGUGGAGCAAAACGAGAGGCAGAAUCUUUGAACGAUAGUAGUAAAAACCACGACGACGACGCUUUAAAGAAGAAAAAGAAGGUUGAAGAAAACAUCGUCGUCGUCACGACGAUGAGUAAUACGAAUGAAAAUAAGAUCGAUGAGGAUUUACACUCUCGACAAUUGGCCGUGUACGGACGCGAAUCCUUUCGAAAACUAGUGGGCGCGAAAGUAUUAAUUUCCGGUUUGAACGGCUUAGGCGCGGAAGUCGCGAAGAACGUCAUCUUAGCCGGGGUGAAGAAGGUCACUUUGAGCGAUGAUUGCGACGCGACGAUGAGCGAUCUGGCGAGUCAGUUUUAUUUGACUGAGGAAGAUUGCGGGAAAAAUCGAGCGGAAUCGUGCGCAGCGAAACUGCAAGAGUUGAAUCCAGCCGUGGAAGUGGUGACGGUAAUGACUAAAGAUGUCACGGAAGACGUGCUGUUGGCGCACGACGUCGUGGUCGUGUGCGACUCGUCGUUGCACUCGCAACAAGACUGCGAAAAGUGGGACGAGAUUUUACGCAAAGAGAAAGGCAAGGCGUUUAUUAAAGGCGACACGAAAGGCGUGUUUGGGUCGGUGUUUUGUGAUUUCGGGGAUUCGUUUACGGUUGUCGAUCAAGACGGGGAAGAGCCGAAGACGUGCAUCAUCGCUUCCAUUUCCAACGAGCAUCCGGCGUUGGUUACGUGUACGGACGACGAACGCGUCGAGUUAGAGGAAGGGGAUUUGGUCACAUUUUCAGAGGUGAAAGGGAUGAACGAGUUGAACUCAAUCAAGGAAGGAGUGAAGAUCAAGUCGGUUAAAAAGCACGGGUUCGAGUUGGACAUCGACGCGAGUAAGUUCUCGCAAUACGUGGGUGGAGGCAUCGCCACGCAAGUCAAGUUGCCGAAAGAGAUGAAAUUCAAAUCUUUCGCGGACUCGUUGAAAGAACCGGGGGAGUUUUUGUUGUCUGAUUUCGCAAAAAUGGAGCGCUCGCCGCAAAUUCACUUGAUGUUUUUAACCUUAGAGGCGUGGAAAAGCAAGAACGGCGGUCAGUUACCGCAACCCGGGAGCGAUGCGGAUGCUGCCGUGUUCGUCGCGUUGGCGAAAGACGAAGUCAACGCGCAGUACAAAUCGGUCGAAGAAGUGGACGAAAAAUUAUUCGCGACGUUUGCAAAGACGUGCAGAGGCGACAUUUCGCCCAUGGCAGCUAUGUUUGGUGGCAUCAUCGGUCAAGAAGUCGUCAAAGCGUGCACCGGGAAGUUUACGCCGUUGAAUCAGUUUUUCUAUUUUGAUUCGUGCGAAUCGUUGCCGGAAAAGUUAGAAGAGGCGGAUUUGAAACCGACUGGUUCUCGAUACGACGGUCAAAUCCAGUGUUUUGGACAAGCUACGCAGGCGAUCAUGGAGAAGCAAAAUGUCUUUUUGGUCGGCGCGGGCGCGUUAGGAUGUGAAUUCAUCAAGAACCUAGCGUUGAUGGGCGUUUCCUGCGGCGCCUCGGGUGAAGGUAAACUCACCAUCACCGACGACGACAUCAUAGAAAAGUCCAACUUAUCGAGACAGUUCUUGUUUCGCGAUUGGGACAUUAAACAACCGAAAUCGACGUGCGCGACGAAUGCGGCAAAGAAAAUCAACUCGAAGUUGAAUGUCACCGCGUUGCAAAACCGAGUGAGUCCAGAUACCGAAGAAGUCUUUGACGAUGAGUUUUGGGGUGGUUUAGACGUCGUCGUGAACGCGUUGGAUAACGUCAACGCGCGUUUAUACGUCGACUCUCGAUGCGUAUACUUUGAGAAGCCGUUGCUAGAGUCUGGAACCUUAGGUACCAAGUGCAACACGCAAAUGGUCGUUCCGCACUUGACGGAGAACUACGGCGCGUCCAGAGAUCCCCCGGAGAAGUCUGCGCCCAUGUGCACUUUGCACUCGUUCCCGCACAACAUCGAUCACUGCUUAACUUGGGCCCGAUCAGAAUUCGAAGGCUUGUUUGAAAAAUCUCCUGCCGAGGCGAACGCGUACCUUUCCAAACCGGACGAAUACGAGUCGAACGCGCGCGCGAACGCGGACGCGAGCAUGCGCGAAAACGUUGAGAAAAUUUCGCAGUGUCUCAUUCACACGCGGUGCGCGACAUUUCAAGAGUGCAUCAACUGGGCGCGCUUACGAUUUCAAGAAUACUUCCACGAUAGAGUCGCGCAAUUGACGUUCACCUUUCCCGAAGACGCCGUGACGUCAACCGGGAACGCGUUCUGGUCCGCGCCGAAACGAUUUCCGAAACCGGUCAUCUUCUCCGAGAAGGACGACGGGCACGUCAAUUUGCUCAAAGCCAUGGCGAUUUUGAAAGCUGAAUUACACGGCGUUACCGUCGGUGUUCCAUCCGCAGAAGUUCGAGGAGAUGAGAAAGCGAUGAAUAAAAUCGUUGUCGAGAUGGCGGCGAAAGUAGAAGUCCCAGUGUUUGUACCGAAAGACGGCGUGAAGAUUGAAACCGAUCCGACCAAGAAAGAAGGCGACAACGAUGAUAACGGCAUGGGUGGCGUCGAAGACGAUCAAAUCAUCGACGAUUUGCUCACGCAAUUGAACAACGUGCGUACAAGUGACUUGAAAGGCGACGCGGAGUACCGCUUGUCCGUCAUCGAGUUUGAAAAGGAUGACGAUACGAACUUCCACAUGGAAUGCAUCGCCGGGUUGUCGAACAUGCGCGCGCGAAACUACGACAUUGCUGAAGUUGACAAGCUCCAAGCGAAGUUGAUCGCUGGUAGAAUCAUUCCAGCUAUUGCAACGACCACUGCUAUGGCGACUGGUUUAGUCUGCUUGGAGUUGUACAAAGUCAUUCACAAAGCUCCUUUGGAGAGCUUUAGAAACACUUUCGCCAACUUGGCGUUGCCGUUGUUUGCGAUGGCUGAACCAAUCGCGCCAAAGUUCCAAACGUACAAAGACGAAAAGUGGAGCUUGUGGUCGCGAUGGAUCAUCGAGAAAGAUUACACCGUGCGAGAACUUUUAAAAUACUUCGAGGACAAGGAAUUGGAGUGCUAUUCUGUUUCCUACGGCCCGGCGUUGAUUUACAACGCCAUGUUUCCCAGACACAAAGAACGCAUGGAUCAAAAACUCUCUGAAUUGGUACAAACGGUUGGGAAAAUCACGUUCCCAGCGAAACGAAAGCACUUUGAUUUAAUAGCCGCCACGGAAACGACCGAAGGCGAAGAUAUCGACGUUCCGUUGAUUUCAAUCGUGUUUAGAUAA